UCCUCAGACCCACAGCCAGCGCAGCUCUCAUCAGAUCAAGCUGCCUCUCAGGGGCUCGAACAUUUUAAAAAAGAUCUGAAGGUGUUUCAAAUGGUGCUGGGACAUAAAUAGCUCUUGCAGAAGAGUGUUGCCUCAGGGAUAUGAUGACUGAAUCAGCACCGCGUUGAAUUAGCAGUGAUCUGGUCUUCAGGGUAGAGUGAUGGUAAAUGAAUGUUAUUACAUUUUUACCCUGUGAAUGAGCCCUUAGGAAAGAGACAAACAGCUUCCAGGUGUCUUGCCACAAGAUUUAAACAACUGAGUCACUCGAACUUGAUGGAGGAACAAGUGGCAGCCUAGAAUCUCCUCAUGAUUCAGGCGGCCGCCAACUUGGAUUGUCCCCAGUUCCAACUUUAGCAUCUUUCUUUAGUCACUCUGCCACACAGUCAGUUCCCCUUCUGUAGAUGCACAAUAGGAGGAAAUUCUAAUGAAGGAGACAAAGCUGCCACUGUCCUGUCUGACCAGAUAUCCCCGGAGACAACAGGCUCCCCACGCCAGGAAAGGCAGUUCCUGAGAGGAACCACCUGUAGGUGUUCCCUGUCUGAGCCUCGAACCCUUGGCCAUCCCCCCAGCAGGCCUGAUUGAUGUGCUGACCCUCUGGUCGUCAAGGAAGCAAGGGAACUGCUUGAUGCUUCUGGUUGGUUGCACCAGAGUUGUCUCCCUGGCUGGAGAUGAAGGAGUGGCCACGAUUCUGGAAGAAGCUGCUCUUUCUGGUGUCCGCUGCUGUUUUGUCUCCUGUUCGCAGAUUGUCACUGUUGCCAGGACCUUACCUCUGCCAUAACAGCUCAGCUAGGGCUAGAUGGAUGAUGAGGAACAUGUGCCCUGUCACCCUAACCAAAGACAUUCAAGUACCAGGCAUGCUGGUUAGAUCAUCCUUGACCAGCCGCAUUCUGCUGACCCAGCCGUUGACUUUGGAUUCAUGAGCCAGCCCAGUCAAGAUCAGCCAAGCUUGGCCCAGAUCAGCAGAAUCAGCCAGAUGACUCACAGGUGAUGCUGAUGCUGCUGGUCCAGGCACCGCACUCAGAGAACUCCUGUACUAGGACAAGCGGGAAGAGGGAGUCCUCCUUCUGGAACUGAACCAGGCAGUGUGAAGAUCCAUGUGGGAGAUUUGAUUCGGCUUGGCUCCUGCUGUCAGCAGCUGUCUGGGGCAAGAUCUUUAUGCUCCCUGCUCCCUAAGCAGCAACCAGCCUUCAGCCAGCAGCAGCGCUCAUUAGAAGAGACCCCCCCGGACACUUGAUUUUCAGCUCACUGGUGGCCUGAAAGAGUUAAUGCCUCCGGCUUCACUGCCCCCCUGGGCAGCCUCUGGGUGCCGAGGGAGGCCGCUUUGGGCUGUGGGGACGUCUUUCUGAGCUUCGGCCAAAGGAGCAGGGAAGCAGAGCUCCUUACCCGCAGCCUCUCUGACCCUCCCGCUGGCAAAGACCCACAGGCCAUGAGGACUGGUCAAAGACAGUGAGAGGACGUGAAAGGGUAAAUCCCGCGCCCCACAGGCUAAUCUCCCGCCCUGACGUCCCUGCACGCCAGCCAGAGGGUCACCCGUAAGCCGGUGCCUGUAUGGCCGCUUUACUGAUGCCACGCAGGAACAAAGGUAUGAGGACUCGACUGGGAUGCCUGUCUCACAAGUCCGACUCCUGUAGCGAUUUCACCGCUAUUCUUCCCGACAAACCCAACCGUGCUCUAAAGAGACUAUCCACAGAAGAAGCUACGAGGUGGGCAGAUUCCUUUGAUGUGCUUCUCUCCCAUAAGUAUGGGGUGGCUGCCUUCCGCGCCUUCUUGAAGACGGAGUUCAGCGAGGAGAACCUGGAGUUCUGGCUGGCCUGUGAGGAGUUCAAGAAGACCAGAUCAACUGCAAAGCUGGUCUCCAAGGCCCAUAGGAUCUUUGAGGAGUUCGUGGAUGUGCAGGCUCCGAGGGAGGUAAACAUAGACUUCCAGACCCGAGAAGCCACAAGGAAGAACAUGCAAGAGCCGUCCCUGACGUGCUUUGACCAAGCCCAGGGAAAAGUACACAGUCUCAUGGAGAAAGACUCUUACCCCCGGUUCCUGAGGUCUAAAAUGUACUUAGAUUUGCUGUCCCAGAGCCAGAGGAGGCUGAGUUAGACCUCAGAUGGGGACUCUUGGAGAUUCACCGGCUUUCCCCUCCCCUUGCUGCCAAGACCAUAUUCUAAUGUGAAAUGUCAUAGGUAUUCAAAAGCAGUGGCAUUGCGGUUGGGAGGCUGGGAGUGAGGAAGGGAUGAAGGGCCAUUCCAGAGUAUGAUUCAGCCACCAGAGCUCGGACUCUAUUCCAUUUACCCACGUUUGUGUCUUGGUUAGUGGUAGCACCUUGUCACCGUCACCCUUCUCAGGUCGGCAGCUUGCCCUCCAUCCUGCCUUGGGUCACUGCCCCUGAGAAGGCACAUUUGCUCUGCUGGGCUACUCUGUAAAUAGUGCAAAUGCAGUUUCCACCACGUCCACACCCUCCUCAGUUAGGAUUCCCGACUCUCUAACGUGUCCUGUCGCCCUGUGAGAAAGAGCUAGAAGACGCCGGCCCACUCUUGUGAUUUGCUGUCACAGUGGAAUGGCCAGUCCUGGGCGCUGGGCCUCACAGUUUAGGAGAGAGGUCUCGGUGGAAUCCAGGUUGUUAGCGUUGUUGCUGACAGGUGGCCUCUGAGGGAAGGGGCACGCUCCAUGGAGUUGGCUGUUUCUUCCAUUUCCGUAGGACGAGUGUGUAAAGCUGGGCUCCCUGCCCGUCUCAGCCUAGGAAAUUUACAAGACUCCCAUCCUCUUGCAUCUCCAGAAAGCAUCUUGCGAGAUGUCCCUCAAUGACUUCUGAUGUGGAGCUGCUGUUAAGAAAGAUUCAGCUUGCAAAUCUUCCUCCAUUCUACCAAGAAGUUUUCCAGAAGUUGAAUGAGCCGGGGAUGUAGCCCCAGUGGACUUUUGUGCAGUGGGGCACUGUGUAACCUCUCUCUUGCUUAAUGCCCUCACCCUCCUGUGGCAUCAUGCUUCACUGAUCUCUUAGACUAAUGGACAGCUUGGUAAAGGCAGGUGAAUUCCCGCAGCACGGACAGCUCUCACGGUGCCUAGUACUUUCCCUGUCUCUCCCUCUUCCCCCUUCCAUGCAGGUCAUGUAAUUAUGAUGGGGGAGAAUGGGGACUUAGGCUGUACCUCUCUUUCCUGCUUGCUUCCUGGGAGCAUGCUUUCUAGGAAAGGUCCCUCGCUCGAGGGCCGUCUUGGCCGAUCAGCAGCUUCCGUCUUGGUCGCUGACUUUGGGGAACUGAACAUGGAACAGGAGGUGAGGCUAAGAUCACUGUGAACCUCUGGGUGUGGAGAACCUUCCUAAAAUGGCUUCGUGGUGCCCUGGCGCCGCUCUUAGAAAUACGUCGGGAAAAUCUCCUUUGGAGGAUGAGCGAGAUGCAGGAAACCUAUUCCAGCUGCCCAGGCAAAAGCUCGCUUUGGCCCAAGACUGCAGUGCUGAGAAGAUGAAACCUCAGCAGAGGGGCCAGAAAGCAGAAGAGGAGGCUGGACUCCAGGUGGACUGAAUCACGGAGAACGUGCUGGAGGUACCAUUGGCGUGAUUCACAGCCGCUGGAUUUGGAUUCACGGCAGAGCUCGCAAACCUUCAGCUUGACGAAAGCAACGAGCACCAGCUGAGGCAUCCGUGCUGGAGUGCAGGGAACUGAGACCUGGCCUGAAUCCUUUCCUCCCGUCGAGUGGGGGUUGGGGCCCUUUUCGAUACACCAGAGUUCCAGUGUGCAUCCCGAUCCAGUAACUUCCUGAAUCUCUUCCUUCCUUGGCCCCCGCUAGACAAGGCCAAGAAGGCUCUUGAGUCCCACUGGCUGUUAGGGUCCCCCGCCCUGCCGUAUAUCUGUGCGUAUCUGCGAGCGAGGGUUGGUGGGUCUGCACGAACCAUCGAGAAGCGAGAACGCAGGCCUCCUGAAGGGACCUGUGGAACGCCACAUUCGGAGCUCCGCAGCCUCAUUCGGGUGUUCCUGGUUAGAUCAGGUAGGAGUCCCCUGUCCCCACAGGUGAAAAUCCAUCCUUAGCUUAAGCUGCCAGAAUUAAUUUAACGAUCAGAGUCUCAAACAGGGUAUUUUAAACGUUGUUUACACACGAAACGUGCAUCUGCUGCCAACUCUGCUGUCGAACACGAGGUGCAUAUCCAUUGGAACAGUCCAGAGUUAGGGAAACACGAAACAUUCUAAGAGCAGCCUUGUCGCCCCUGCCACUGCCCCAGGAGAAGAGUCUGAACAGGAGCGUUGGGUGGUGGCCUCAUUUGAGGCCCAAGUUCUUGCCAACUGUAGUGGCUCGAAGGCUGCAGAGGGCGGUGUCACGGCGCCUGGUAACUCCCUCCCUCGGUGGGGGCUCAUGAAGGACCAGGCUUGGGGAGCCCGAAAUUUGCCGCUAAGUGAUGGUAAGUGGGGGGGAACGUAACGUGUGUAGAAGAACCCGAUAGCUAUGUUUGUGGUACUUGUGUGUGUGUGUGUGUGUGUGUGUGUGUGUGUGUGUGUGUGACAAUUACGAGCACUAGACUGGUGUGAUCUUCCCAUGGGUGGAGCUUUCUUCACACCCUUUAUGUCCUGCUUCCCACAAAAGGCACAGAGCUCUCCACUCUGAUGCUCCUUUAGGCACUUUGGUCAUAUGCCAGCCCCAAUUUUGGUCUGUGAUGAAACAAGGAGAAAUGUUUACAACAUCUAGAGCAAUAGCCACGCAUACCUCAUCCCUGACCUCCGCCUCUCCCAGGCCUGCCCUCUCCCCCGCCCCCUCUCCGCAAUUCCUGCUCUGCCGCGUUAGGGGGGCACCCCCAGGGGCUGCUUCUCCCCGUUGGCGUCUUCCUUGGCUCCUCACCCCGGGCUCGUGCUGUGCACUGCCUUCUGGGCUGGAGGCUUGCCCUGAGCCUGGGCCUUUGAAGGCCCACAGCAAGUCCGGGCCCUCGGCCGGGCAGAGCUGUGACUUUUAGGACUGCUCUCCAUCCCAGAGUGGCCGUUGGGGCCCGUGGGAAUGUUAACCUGUGUGGGGCUGGUGUGGGUUUUCUGUUGCUCUCGGCGAACCAACUAGAACACAGUCGGCGACGACCAUUCACAGCCAUGGCACCUCUGGGGUGAGGAAGGGUCCCUGAGCAGCGUAUGUUAUUCAGCUCGAUUCACUGGGUUCACCCAGAAAGCCUGUUACAAGUGCUAAUUCCCAGAGAGGCUGAUCCAGUAGAUCUGGGGUGUGACCCAGAUGUCUGCAUUUUUAGAUGCGUUCCCAGGUGCCUAGUGGCCUGUGGACCAUCCUUUGAAUAAAAGAUGGUUGAAGACGGUGCUCCGAGAUGGAGGCUCUCGCCCUCGGCUGUUCAUUGGAAUCACCUGAGGAGUUUAAAAAACCCAAAUGCCCAGGUCCCACCGCAGAACAGCUUGGGGUUGGAGUGCAAGGCACAUUGGGGUGAUUCUAAUGUGCAGGUGAGGUUGGGAAGCCCGAGGAGUGAGGAGGAACCCAGCCGAGGGUGAACAGAGCGGUGCGGGCCGAGAGGGCUGGAACACUCCCAGACAGCAGCAUGCAUAAUAACCCAGAAUCCACCAGCCCAGAAUUGGACCCUGGGUGGCUGCCUCUGGGGCCUCUCUGAUGGGCUCCUUAGAGAGAAACUGUUUCUGCCCCAGCUCCAGGCAUGGUCAGGCAGCAGCUAUGCCAAUGGUGAGAACUGAAGGGGUACUUGGGGUUUUCUGUUCCUCCCAAGUCUUGCUCACAGCGCCUCCUCCAAGCUGGCCUCCUGGGCUGCACCUGUUUGUUUGUUUUUAUGCGCUCUCGUGUUUGGUCAUUUCUGCUCAGGCUGGGUCCAGAGGCCCCAUGAUACGGUGGUUGGAGUCAGGUGGUGAGUAAAGGGUGUGUGGCCAUAAUAAUAGUGGUGGCACAAUAACUUCCAAAUGAGUAUUGUAAUUGGUAUUACCCUUGGAAUAUCAAGCUCUUUGAGGCUUUCUUUUCCGAGGCCGCCAUGGGGUUUUGGUUUUUGCUCUAAGCCCUCACCGUUCCCUCUUUGGUCUCAGGCCGGACAGGCAUCUGGAAAGUUCCUGGCUGGUUUUACUCUCUGGUGCUCUCCCCAGAACGUGCCGCGCUGGAUUAACCAAAGCUGUGAAACGGCUCUCUGCCCAGGCUGUGGGGCCCGGCCUCUGGGUGCAGGUCUUGGGUGCCUGUCCUCGGCAGGGCCGGGCAACUGAGCACUCCAGGUCCUGGACUGUGAGGGAAAGGCAAGAACUCAUUGUGCUAAGAGCCGGGGGAGGCUGGGAAUGGGGAAGACUGAAGAGGAAGAACUGGGGGGGGGGGCGCGAAGACACGCAGCUCCUGUGGCAUCUCCAUAACCCCGGGGGAGAGCGGAUGAGCGGCACAGUCAGAGGCAGGAUGCUCUCCCAUCCCAAAGGGCACCCAGCACUCUCCUGACCCUGUCUGUGCCCACCUCCAAACAAGGCUGAGGAAUUUAGGACUUUCCAUCCGAGGCUGUCCUUCCAUCUGCCAAGUAUCAGCCCUCUUUAAAUCUGCAGCCUCCGUUUUAGAAGCAAGAGAGGUGGCCAAGUCCCCCCUGGCAGUGAAGAGCCUGGUCCACUUGGCAUGGGAUCGCGAAGGAGGAAGCCAAGACCAGCAAUGUCUUCCUGUCCCUGUGACCUCUUGGGAUUCACGAGAGGCUGGGGACCAAGCGGAGAGACGGGGGAUGGGGCCACUGGCCUUCGCAGGUGUGCGGUCCGGGUCCUUUCCAUAACCACAUCCUUCGUGAGUCUUACUCCUUUCUGCCCCUCUGCUCCUCGCCCUCUGCCAGGUCCUGCAAAGGUGGCCAGGCUGGUGUGUGCUCCAGCCUUAGCCGAGUCGCGCGGCGCACACGACAGUUUUGUAGCAGCUCAUCUGCCACAGAAACGGCUUGGCUGAUGGAGCCUCACUGAGUUGUUUCAUUACCGUGCAAAGUGGAAUAAUGCCACUCACCCCUACUAUAAACAAGGCUGUGGAGAGCAUAAUAAACAGAACCUGAACACGCUGC